UACCUUUGUUCAACCCGUGCAAUACAUGUGGUUAUAAUCUUGUAAUUGACAUUAUAGUCUAGUGGCAUCUUGAGGGUGGGAUAAGGCUUAGGGACCAUUAGGUCCUGAGUUCGAUUCCCACGAGGGGGUCUUUCUCAGAUUUAUUAGGUUUCUUCAUGAAUUGGUGCGUAGGUAGGCAUUAUGGCACGAUGAUACUCCAGUUAUCCAAAUUUGUUGUUAAAAUAAAUAAAUAAAAAUAAUUCAAUCGAAUGUGGGAGACUUUACUAUGGGCAAUGGCAUAUUAGUCCUCACGUAUAAUCUCUUGCAUGCAAUUGGUUGUGUCACAAUUAAAAACCAAAGAAUGAAAUCAUUGUGACCCCUGCAUGAUUGACAGAUCUCCAUCAUUUCAUCUCACAAAACCCUAACAUUCACCCAUCAAAGUUUACUAUCAAUUAAUCAUCACGCAUGUCCUCCAUGAAUAAAUCGCAUCAUCAAAUCAAUUGAGGAUUUAUCGGUUUUUUGUCGAUUAUUACGAGUGACUUAGGUGUCUCGAUUUCGAUUAUUACAGAUAGUAUGCUGCAGUUACAAUCGACAAUUGAGGAGCAGUUGAUAUUGAGAGCGAUUAAGGAGGAAUGUUGUUGGGAGAGUCUCCCGAAACGACUCCAAGCGAGUUUGAAUACCAAGGAUGAAUGGCAUAGAAGGAUAAUUGCACAUUGUAUAAAGAGAAGGCUCCUAUGGCGUACCUCUUUUGUGCGUAAAGUAUGCAGGGAAGGUGAAUAUUAUGAGGAUAUGAUGCGUUAUCUUCGAAAAAAUCUGGCGCUGUUUCCUUAUCAUCUUGCUGAGUAUGUUUGCCGUGUAAUGAGGAUUACUCCAUUCAGAUACUACUGCGAUAUUUUAUUUGAAGUCAUGAAAAAUGAACAGUCUUAUGACCGCAUUCCAAAUUUUAGUGCUGCUGAUGCCUUGCGACUCACUGGGAUAGGCAGAAAUGAAUUUAUCGAUAUUAUGAACAAGUGUAGAUCUAAGAAAAUAAUGUGGAAGCUGAACAAAUCAAUAGCUAGAGAGGCAUUGCCCACACAACCAGCGGACGUCACAAUUGAACCUUGGUGGGGAGUUUGUCUCGUCAACUUCACAUUGGAAGAAUUUAAGAAACUUUCAGAAGAAGAAAGUGGAACAAUUGAUAAAAUAUGCAAAGAGGAAGCAAAUGCAUUCAUGUUAUUUGAUCCCGUUGUCAUCAAGGGUCUUUACCGACGGGGACUUGUUUACCUCGACGUCUGUGUUUAUGCUGAGGAUCGAUUUAAAGUUUGCAGGUUAGAAGGGUUUGUUUCAAACAGAGAGCAGUCAUAUGAAGACCCCAUUGAGGAGUUGCUAUAUGCUGUUUUUGUGGUUUCAAGUGAGAACUCAACUGUUGCUGAAUUGGCCACAACAUUACAGGUCCAACUAUCACAGCUACAGGCUGCUGCUUCUUUUGCUUGUCGUUUAGGAUGGGCAGUUAAACUAAUUGACCCUGGUUCUAUGCUUCAAGAACCAACUUCUCCUAAAAAUGCAAUUUCUGAUGAUGAUGAAGCUUCUCGUACAAGUGUCGGAUCCUUAAACAUGUCUGUGGAUUCCUCUGUCUUUGACCAAGAUUCCACUGAUAACUCUGGUUGUACCCGUGUUGCUUUUGUUGUUGAUGCUAACAUUACAUCUUAUCUUAUGAUGGGCUCUGUAUCACCAGGCUUAAAGUCACACGCGGUAACAUUAUACGAAGCUGGUAAACUAGGCCAUGCAAGCAUAAAAGAUCUCUGUAACGAUCUUAGCUCAUUACAAGGAGCUAAAUUCGAAGGCGUUCUUCAAGAAUUUGCCAACCAUGCAUUUAGUCUUCGGUCUAUUUUAGAGUGUUUAACAUCUGGAGGAAUUACCUCAACCAAUGAAGAAACCGUCCCUACAACAACCGCACAAACUGUUGUUAACGAGUCUGAUGAUUCCGAAGAUAUUAACGAUGCUGAAAAGGUAACCACCAAGAAAAUAAGAAAAUAUAAUGUUGAUAUCCUGCGGUGUGAAAGUUUAGCUACUCUCGCAGCAGCAACUUUGGAUCGGUUAUUUCGCCGCAACUAUGAAAUCGUCGUGUCAAUGUUACCGCUCCCUCAUUCUUCUGUGCUUCCUGGGCCGAAAGUCCCGGUUCAUUUUGGGCCGCCUUCUUACUCCUCUUUAACACCGUGGAUGAAACUCGUAUUAUAUUCUGCAGCACGCAGUGGACCAAUAUCGGUUGUUCUUAUGAAAGGUCAAUGUUUAAGAUUACUUCCUGCACCAUUAUCCGGUUGUGAAAAGGCCCUUGUGUGGUCUUGGGAUGAAUCUUCGGUUGCCAAGUUUGACCAGAGUUUAGUCAAAGGAAACAUACUCUUACAUUGUUUAAAUUCACUUUUGAAACACACAGCUAUAUUAGUGCAGCCGUUAAGCAGGUAUGAUCUUGAUGAUCAUGAAAAGUUUAGUACAAUGGAUGUCCCUCUGCCAUUAAAGAACUCGGAUAAUUCGGUUCCCGAUAUUGGGAAAGAACUUGGGCUCGAUGUUAAUGAAAGUUUGAAGCUAAACCUUUUGUUGGAAAAUUUGGGAAACAGGAUUGAACUAUGGACAGUUGGUUAUAUUCGUUUGUUGAAGCUUUUUAAGGAAAGUGAUCCCAACAGUUUUAAACCUGAUGAGUAUGAAUGGGUCCCACUGAGUAUUGAAUUCGGGAUUCCAUUAUCCAGUCCAGAUUUAUGUAACAAUAUUUGUAAAAGAAUCAUGUCGUCACAGUUACUUCAGACGAAUUUGUUUACUGACCAUCAAAAUUCAAUGCAAGAGCUAAGGAAAAUGUUACAACAGGUUUGUACAGAGUAUCAAGCAACUGGUUCAACUGCAAGAAUGUUUUACCAAAGAGAUCAACCGAAAGCUGAUCCCCAGACAAAAGGUCAAAGUCAAAAUAAACUUCUUAUGACUUAUGCAAGUCAAAGGUGGAAUCCUCUCACAGACCCUUCUUCUCCAAUUUCUAGUAUGAGUGAUCAUCAGAGAAUAAAACUUGCAAAUCGACAACGUUGUGGCUCAGAAGUCCUAAGCUUUGAUGGCAACAUUUUAAGAUCCUAUGCUCUUUCACCUAUCUAUGAAACUGUCAUGGGUAUGUUUGAAGAGGCCUCUGAUGCAAGCGGGGUUAAGACAGAUGACGCGGACAGCAGAGAAGCUAUACUGCCAGGUGUCAAUCUUCUAUUUGACGGAUCUGAGUUGCGCCCAUUUGAUAUUGGGGCUUGCCUUCAGGCUCGACAGCCAGUUUCUUUAAUUGUUGAGGCUUCACUCGCAUCUUCUGGCCUCAAAUAGGAGCCAGAUGCCAAAGUGUAGAUACAAAGUUUUUUUUCUGUAUACUAAUCAGGACAAACCUCUUUCUUUGCUUUCUGCUUCGGUGCUGCUCAUCGUUUAGGUUGUUAUAACCAUUAGGCAUGACUUAAUUGUUUUCCUGCCAGAAUGAGAAGGUGUAGAUUGACAUUUACAGGUGUAGUUAUAGCAGUUAAAUAACUUUUAAUGAAAAUGUGGAAUGAUUCAUGAAAACAUCUACCUCAACUAGUAAACAUUCAAACAGACUUGUUGAAAGUGUGACAACUACAAUCUUUAUAAGAAGGAUUGUCGUGUAGGUAGGUAACACUAUGGUUGUCUUUAGAACUUGGUUUUCGUAUUUAUGUAAAAACAUUAUGUACCACUAAUAUUUGGAGGCACGAUGAAAAACUUGCUUGACG